UACCUUGAACUAGAUCUGUCUUGCUUUUAAGAGUUAUAGUCUCAUGACUGGCUAAAGUCUAGACUUACCCAUUUUUGCAGGGGAUUUGUAUUCAGAAAGAUGAAUUCCCUUAAUGACUGCACACCAGGAUAUAUGGGUGGAACAAAAUAUUUCGCCUUGAAGGAGAAGAACAUCAACUCUUCUUUGGAAAAACAAAGUGGUAUUAAAAAUAAGCAAACCAAAAUUAGUGAGCUGUUUGAAACAACACUGAAAGUGCAAGAAGGAAAACAAGAGUAUUCAAAUGAUCAACAUGUCAAUGAUUCAGAUUGUUUUAUCUCUUCCGUGAAAGAAAAUGAUGUGGACUGCAAACAAGGGGAAUCUCAAAUCCCUACCUCAGACCACAAUUGUUCAAAUAAUUCAUUUAUUGACCUUACUGAUAUUUGGGAAGACAUGGAUGACUUUGAAACAACUGGGCCACAGAAAAUAUGCCCAGAACAAUCUGUAUCAUUUCGAGAUAAGUGGUCUAUAAAAAAUAGGAAGACUGCAAAAAGCCUGAAUCCCUAUACCAGCAAGUCAAAGGUAUCUAGUACAGGAAGAAAUAAUGAAGAAUGUAAUGAUAUGUAUAUUUGUAGAAAUAGGAAAACACUAAUACUUCACAAGGAACAAGAGACAGGUAGCCUGCCUGUUCCUUGUCUUGACCCUUCAAAUUCCAGUCAAAGAGAAGAUUUUUCAGAUGGAGAACCUCAAGAGGUGAAGUCUCUGGAAAGUCACCAGACAGGCAGAAAGGAAAAGUCUUGGAAAGGACAUAAUGAUUCUGGCUUCCCAUUAAGUGGGAAUGAAGAACCUGGUGAUGGAAGGGACGACCCUGAAAUAUUCAGUGAGUCCGAAGACUAUGUGGACUUCAUACCCCCUUCCCCAGAGGAGGAUAUGCUGCCUGCUUCGUUCUGGCUGAAGAGCGCUAGGCAUUUUCCCCAAAAAACAGCUGUUGAGACAACACUGAAUCCUGAACUCUUGAUAAACCAACUUCCAGAGUCUGGAGAAACCACGAAAAGAAGCGAAGGAAGGAAGGAAGGCAAAUUUCUCCUACGUGUAAUGGAGGAUAUCUGUAAAUUGGUGGAUUCUGUUCCAGGAAGGGAGCUGAAAUCUUUGCUACAUGGUCAAGAGCUCCUUCGGCUUAGAGACUGCAGAAGAAAACUGUUGAGCAAUCACAGAAAUGGAAACAGAAGUGGUACUGAUACCUUUCUAGAUGUAAACUGCGAACAUAAUUUUGACUAUGGUGGGUCCCAAGAUGACAGUUGUUCUUCUCAGUUGGGAAAGAAGUACUCUCCUCUUCCUCAACAGGACGCUUGUACUUCUAGACCAUUUUCAGACAAGCUUCUUGGUGAUGUUCAGCGCCUGCGUGGCCUUCAUCCACCAUGUUUGUCACUAUUGAACUCUCAAGGAUCAAUUGGAGCUGAUCCAUCCAUUUUCUUGGGAGAUUCUACUUUGGAUACUUACUCUUCUGCCUUGGAAAGUUCAGGCAUAUCUUGUCCCAAAAGGGAAACCAGUGGAAUAACUGGAUCCAAAAAGCCAGAAUUAGAAGAAGAGGCACGCUGGUUGUGUUCAAAGAUGAAUGAAACAAAUUCAAAGAGCCAAAGCAAACUCACUCCGUUUAAGAGCAAUGUUGGAAGUGAGAAUUCUUUGGCAACUGGAGGGCAGGAGCUUAAUAAUGAUAAUUUUGAUAUUGGUGAUUUUGAUGAAUUUGAUGAUGUAACAAGUGCUUCAACAACCAGACAGCCUUUUAAGGUGCCAGUCCAGUUUGCUGCAGAUGCUUCACCUGCAAAAUUAUUUUUGGAAGAAAGCUCUCCAACGUCGAAGGCAAAUGAUGAUCUUUUCCAUAGCAAUUUUUCUUAUGCAGACUGUUCUGUGAGUGGCAAGAGUUGCCCUGUUGCGCUAAUCAAGAAUACACCUUCGGGAAAUUCCACCCUAGAACCAUUCAGAGGUUUAGCAUUUCCCCAUUCUAAUGAGAUGCUGAAGAUAUUUCAUAAAAAAUUUGGUCUCCAUCACUUUCGGACAAAUCAGCUUGAAGCCAUCAAUGCUGCUUUGCUGGGCCAAGACUGCUUCAUCCUGAUGCCCACAGGAGGUGGCAAGAGUCUGUGCUAUCAGCUGCCAGCCUGUGUUUCAGUGGGAGUCACCAUCGUCAUCUCUCCCUUGAGGUCCCUGAUAGUAGAUCAAGUUCAGAAGCUGACAUCCAUGGAUAUUCCAGCUACUUACCUCACAGGUGAUAAGACUGAUGCUGAAGCAUCCAGAAUUUACAUGCAGCUAUCAAAGAAAGAUCCCAUUAUAAAACUCCUCUAUGUUACUCCAGAGAAGGUUUGCCUGAGUGGCCGGCUGAUGUCAGCUCUGGAGAAUUUGUACCAGCGACAGCUGUUGGCUCGUUUUGUGAUUGAUGAAGCCCACUGUGUCAGUCAGUGGGGUCAUGAUUUUCGUCAAGACUACAAGCGGCUUAACAUGCUUCGAAAGAAGUUCUCCUUGGUUCCUAUGAUGGCUCUUACUGCCACAGCCAACCCCAGAGUGCAAAAGGACAUCCUAAAUCAACUGGAGAUGCUCCAGCCACAGGUGUUUACUAUGAGCUUUAACAGGCACAACUUGAAAUACGACGUAUUACCCAAGAAACCCAAAACUGUUGCUUUAGAUUGCUUACAAUGGAUCAGAAAAUAUCACCCUUGUGACUCAGGAAUUAUUUAUUGUCUCUCACGGUAUGAGUGUGACUCGGUUGCCAACGCUUUGCAAAGGGGCGGCCUCUCUGCACUUGCGUAUCAUGCUGGUCUCCCUGACAGCACCAGAGAUCUUGUGCAGCAGAAAUGGAUUAAUCAGGAGGGGUGCCAGGUUAUCUGUGCCACCAUUGCAUUUGGAAUGGGGAUCGACAAGCCCGAUGUGCGCUUUGUAAUCCACGCCUCCCUCCCUAAAUCUAUUGAAGGGUACUAUCAGGAGUCAGGCAGAAGUGGGCGGGAUGGAGAAGUAUCCCACUGCCUGCUUUUCUACAGCUAUAGUGACGUUACCAGGCUGAGACGGCUCAUCCUGAUGGAAAGAGAGGGUAACAGGCAUACCCGGCAGACGCACUUCAACAACCUCUACAGCAUGGUCCAUUAUUGCGAGAAUGUAAUGGAGUGCCGGAGAAUACAGUUGCUCGCCUAUUUUGGAGAAACGGGCUUUAAUUCUAGAUUUUGUAAGGAACACCCUGAAGUAAGUUGUGACAACUGCUCCAAACAACAGGUAUACAAGCUGAAGAAUGUGACCGAAGAAGUAAAAAACAUUGUGAGGUUUGUUAAGGAGCAUUGUGGUGAAAAAGGAACUGGAAAUAUCAAGAGAAAUGCAGGAAGAUACACCCUCAAUAUGAUGAUUGACAUUUUCUUGGGUUCAAAAAAUGCAAAGAUUCAGUGUGGUCUGUUUGGCAAGGGAGCAGCCUACUCACGCCAUAACGCUGAGCGACUUUUUAGGAAGCUGGUGCUGGACAAGAUUCUGGAUGAAGAUCUGUACAUUACUGCUAAGGAUCAAGCGGUAGCGUACAUCCAGCUGGGGGAAAAAGCUGGUGCUGUGCUGAAUGGCUCCUUGCAGGUAGAGUUCUGUGAAACAGAAAGUGCCAGCAAUAUUCGCAAGCAGAGGGCUUUGGAGACCAAGAUGUCUCAACGGGAAGAGAUGGUUAAGAAAUGUCUCUCUGAACUCACAGAUGUCUGCAAAAACCUUGGGAAAGUUUUUAAUAUCCACUAUUUUAAUAUUUUUAACACUGCCACAUUAAAAAGAAUAGCAGAGACAUUGUCUUCAGACCCAGCAGUGUUGCUUCAGAUUGAUGGUGUUACAGAGGACAAAUUAGAGAAGUAUGGAGCAGAAAUAAUAGGAGUGAUGCAGAAGUAUUGUGCAAAGACACUACCAGCUGAAAAGAAGCCUCUCUCAGCCACAGAGACCGAUGCUAGCAGACACGACAGCGCGGAUGAGGCAGAAGAGGCAACGUGUGCAGCCUCUAACUAUUUCCAAACAAAAAAUGGCAAGGGAAGGAAGAGAAAGAAGUCCCAUUUUUUUAGAGAAUCAAAGAAGAAAAAAGCUGGAUCUGGGGGACAGCAAGCUUCUUCUAAGGGGAGUUACAAAAUCUACAAAGACGCCUCAUCCACUUCGAAAAGUUCUACAUCCUGCACGUUUCCAGGCAAACUAGGAGUCGGCAAGAGGCCUGGAAUCAUGGCCCCACCAAAGCCCCAAAACAGACGAUACCUUAAACCCUCUUACGUGCUUUCGGGAUGCCCUUGAAGUUAUUUUCAUUUUUAUGAAUGUUAUUCGGCAUAAAAGUAUUAAAUUUUUC